AUGAAGAAACCAGUUGAAUGUGCCAAGAAGUCGGUCACUUCAGAGACGCCUCAAAGAGAUCAUACUCAAGUUCCACCAUCGAUUGUGAGGACAAAUAAAGACCUACUCCUUGACUGUCUUUAUGAAUUUGAAUCUAGUACGCGACGUAUGCUGGAAGAUAUCACGCUUUCAACGCCCGAAGAAGCAUCAUCUGAGAUCAAGGAGAUGUGGACCCAGUCAACCACCACAUACCCCCAUAUUUACGACUCAGAUCUCUGCUGGAACUCGAAUCGUCCUAGCAGUAAGGACCUGAUUAUCCAUACGAUCAAUCUGAUCGCUGAUAGAAAAGAGGCUGAAGCAAAAGGCAUUGCUGAUGACUACGAGGUUUACGUCCCAGCUUUCAGCAAAUCUUUAUUGGAUGAAAACAUGGAUCCUUUGACGGCCAUUGCACAGCUUUACGAACCAGACAAAACGAACCCAGUAGCACUCGUUGGCUAUCGGUUGCCGGACUUGAUUCCUGAGCAUAGUUUCGAUACUCCAGUAGCAUUGACAAAGCACGUGGAGCCUUUCCCAGAAGGAAAUCUUCAAAUCCUGUUGACGCCAAAAUUUUGGACCACAGAUUUGCAUAUAGAUAAUAACGAUGGCCUGGCAACAACGAUUGGUCCUACAGAGAAAAUCUGGCUUACUUUUCCACCUACUACCAAGAAUCUGAAACACAUGAAAGAAGCAGAUACCCAAAGAAGCAAACUCGCCAGAAUAGGAAAACUCCUUGAAGGCGGCCUCAUUUACAAAACGACUUCUGCACAAGCUAUUUACGUACCAAUCGGUUGUAUCCAUGCCGUAUUCACAACUCACGGCGGUUUUCUCCUCUCCAUAGAUUUCAGCACGCCACAAUCUGCAAAAGUUCUUUCGUCUUUAUUCAAGUCCGACUUCCACAUACGCAAAGAUCCGUAUGCGUUGGCCGAACUGCCUCAUCAGUUCAUCGAAUGCGUUGAUCGUGCACUGCGAGAGAAUCGGCCGUUGCUUGGAGUUACGGCGUGGAUCGAUACCCGAGACUAUAUUCUGGAGUGGGCAGAUUGUAGUGGAGAUCGCAGCGAGGUGACGCGGAAUACGUUCUGGAUUGAAAGGAGGUCGGAUUGGAAGAAAAAAGUUGACAAGACGUGGAAAAACUUCCUCUCAAGUCCUGCCUCUCGGGAUAUCAUAUGUCCGUGUGGAGAAAUGGCGAAUGGAGAAUCAUUUCGGGAGCAUUUUCGAGCGAAGCACUUGUUUACCAAGACCGCGGUCUCGGGCAAGCUAAAGCUUUCCAAGGAAACUAAAAAUAUACCGAAGAGGGCAAAGAGGAAGAGGAGAGGUUCUGAUGACACGAUUCGAUAA